UGUAAGAUCCUAGAACGAAGUAUUAGCGAGGUCGUAUUUUGGGUUGCUUAUCAAUCUGUGCUGGUGAAUAAUUCAAAAUGAGACGAUUGGGACAGUAUGCCGAUUCUGGGGUCAAUGCAUAUGUUUCUGCCCAGAUGCAGCACAUGUCUGCACAGAGAAUGCAACACAACUCUGCAAUGAACCAUUUUCCUGGACGUCCAGAUGUUUUACCCUCUGAAGAAGAGCAGCGUUAUAUGUCUUCUAAAACAGAAGGACAAUGGCAGUGGGAUAGAGAUGAUCCCAAAGCAUCAAAUUCAAUGUCAUCUCAUGUAUACAGUGAAGGUCAAGGGGGUGAUCCAUCUAGGUCUUAUUAUCAGGGUCAGAGACCGGAUUCUAAACUGGGUGUAGAGAAACAAACCGACAAUGAUCCAAGAAGUCAAAACCAUGAGCAAGAUAUGGAAAUUGGAUACGAGGACAACACUUCGGCACAAACAUUUGAAGGUCUUGAACAGAAAUUCCUGGAUGAGAUCAUGAAACUGACCAAGGAACAGAAUGAUGCUGAAGAUGCAGAAAAUGCUAGGCAUAGGGAGAAAAUAAGUGAGAUCAAUGCUCAGUACCAGGAAAAGUUGACUGCACUUCGAGCCCGUCAUAGUACUCGCAGAGAUGAAUUCCUUCGCCGGGAAGCUCUGGCACGACAGCGUCAGUAUCAGCAAGCAGAGAUAAACCCUUACACCAAUAGUAUGAGCCAGAACGACCCACAAAACUAUGGUUUUCCUGCAACAGCUGAUGCUGGUGAAGCACAUCGAGCAUAUGCCUCUGGUCAAUUCGACUCCUACAGAGAGAGAGCUCAGUUUCUUGGAGCUAGCAGAAGUCAUGGAUUGGAGUCAAAGGGUCCAUAUUCUGGAGGUCGUGUUUACAAUAUUGGUUCUCGCUACUACUGAAAUGCUCGGAACUGAAGUAGUACCAAAAUCCCCCCCCACCUCCUUUUUCUUAUUUAUAUUCCUCCUGAUCUCAGUAUUGCUUUGCUACGGAUUAUGGGUUUCCUUCUGCUAUUCCCCCAAUGUUGUUGAUUAAGCAUCAAUAUAUUGCUCUACAAAGCUGCACUUGCU